AUGGAGUUCCCCUUUGGGUCCGUGGGAACUACCAACUUCAGACGGUUCACUCCAGAAUCGCUGGCAGAGAUCGAGAAGCAGAUCGCUGCCCACCGCGCCGCCAAGAAGGCCAGAGCUAAGCACAGAGGACAGAAGGACAAGGGUGAGAAGCCCAGGCCUCAGCUGGACUUAAAAGCCUGUAACCAGCUGCCCAGGUUCUAUGGUGAGCUCCCAGCAGAACUGGUCGGGGAGCCUCUGGAGGACUUAGACCCUUUCUACAGCACACACCGGACAUUCAUGGUGCUGGAUAAAAGCAGGACCAUUUCCAGAUUCAGUGCCACGUGGGCCCUGUGGCUCUUCAGUCCCUUCAACCUGAUCAGAAGAACAGCCAUCAAAGUGUCCGUCCACUCAUGGUUCUCCAUAUUUAUCACCGUCACUAUUUUGGUCAACUGCGUGUGCAUGACCCGAACUGAUCUUCCAGAGAGAGUCGAGUACGUCUUCACUGUCAUUUACACCUUCGAGGCUCUGAUAAAGAUACUGGCAAGAGGGUUCUGUCUAAAUGAGUUUACUUAUCUUCGAGAUCCCUGGAACUGGCUGGACUUCAGUGUCAUUACCCUGGCGUAUGUGGGGACAGCGAUAGACCUCAGAGGAAUCUCAGGCCUGCGGACAUUCCGAGUUCUCAGAGCCCUGAAAACUGUGUCUGUGAUCCCAGGGCUGAAGGUCAUCGUGGGAGCCCUGAUCCACUCAGUGAGGAAACUGGCCGACGUGACCAUCCUCACAGUCUUCUGCUUGAGUGUCUUUGCCUUGGUGGGCCUGCAGCUCUUCAAGGGGAACCUUAAGAAUAAAUGCAUCAGGAACGGCACAGAUCCCCACAAGACUGACAAUCUGUCAUCUGAGAGGGCAGAAGACUUCUUCAUCAAGCCUGGAACUACGGAUCCCUUGUUAUGUGGCAAUGGGUCUGACGCUGGUCACUGCCCUGAUAAUUAUGUCUGCCUGAAAACUUCCGACAACCCGGAUUUUAACUACACCAGCUUUGAUUCCUUCGCGUGGGCGUUCCUCUCGCUGUUCCGCCUCAUGACGCAGGACUCCUGGGAGCGCCUGUACCAGCAGACACUCCGGGCUUCUGGGAAGAUGUACAUGGUCUUUUUCGUGCUGGUCAUCUUCCUCGGAUCCUUCUACCUGGUCAAUUUGAUCUUGGCCGUGGUCACCAUGGCGUAUGAGGAGCAGAACCAAGCAACAAUUGCAGAGAUCGAAGCCAAGGAAAAAAAGUUCCAGGAAGCCCUUGAGGUGCUGCAGAAGGAACAGGAGGUGCUGGCGGCCCUGGGGAUUGACACGACCUCACUCCAUUCCCACGAUGGAUCGCCCUUAGCCCCCAAAAACGCCAACGAGAGAAGACCCAGGGUAAAAUCACGGGUGUCAGAGGGCUCGACAGAUGACAACAGAUCACCCCAAUCUGACCCUUACAACCAGCGCAGGAUGUCUUUCCUAGGCCUUUCUUCCGGAAGACGCAGGGCUAGCCACAGCAGUGUGUUCCACUUCCGAGCACCCAGCCAAGACGUCUCAUUUCCUGACGGGAUCAUGGAUGACGGGGUCUUUCACGGAGACCAGGAAAGCCGUCGAGGUUCCAUAUUGCUGGGCAGGGGUGCUGGGCAGGCAGGUCCUCUCCCUAGGAGCCCACUGCCUCAGUCCCCCAACCCUGGCCCUAGACGUGGAGAAGAGGGACAGCUUGGAUUGCCUGCUGGUGAGCGCGCAGCCGCCGGAGCGCCUGAAGGCCCUGCACUUGACGCUGUAGGGCAGAAGAACUUCCUGUCUGCGGACUACUUGAACGAGCCUUUCCGAGCACAGAGGGCGAUGAGCGUUGUCAGUAUUAUGACGUCAGUCAUUGAGGAACUGGAAGAGUCUAAGCUAAAGUGCCCGCCCUGCUUGAUCAGCUUAGCUCAGAAGUAUCUGAUCUGGGAGUGCUGCCCCAAGUGGAGGAAGUUCAAGAUGGUGCUCUUCGAGCUGGUGACGGACCCCUUCGCAGAGCUCACCAUCACCCUGUGCAUCGUGGUGAACACCGUCUUCAUGGCAAUGGAGCACUACCCCAUGACCGAAGCCUUCGACGCCAUGCUCUACGCCGGCAACAUUGUCUUCACCGUGUUUUUUACGAUGGAGAUGGCCUUCAAGAUCAUUGCCUUCGACCCCUACUACUACUUCCAGAAGAAGUGGAACAUCUUCGACUGCGUCAUUGUCACUGUGAGCCUGCUGGAGCUGACCGCAUCCAAGAAGGGCAGCCUGUCGGUGCUCCGCACCUUCCGCUUGCUUCGGGUCUUCAAGCUGGCCAAGUCCUGGCCCACUCUGAACAUACUCAUCAAGAUCAUUGGCAACUCCGUGGGGGCCCUGGGCAACCUGACCUUCAUCCUGGCCAUCAUCGUCUUCAUCUUCGCCCUGGUCGGGAAGCAGCUUCUCUCCGAGAACUACGGGUGCCACAAGGACGGCGUCUCGGUGUGGAAAGGCGAGAGGCUCCGCUGGCACAUGUGCGACUUCUUCCAUUCCUUCCUCGUCGUCUUCCGGAUCCUCUGCGGGGAGUGGAUCGAGAACAUGUGGGUCUGCAUGGAGGUCAGCCAGAAGUCCAUCUGCCUCAUCCUCUUCCUGACUGUGAUGGUGCUGGGUAACCUGGUGGUGCUCAACCUAUUCAUUGCUUUGCUGCUGAACUCCUUCAGUGCGGACAAUCUCACAGCCCCAGAGGAUGACGGGGAGGUGAACAACUUGCAGAUAGCACUGGCCAGGAUUCAGGUAUUUGGCCGUCAGGCCAGUCAGGCCAUUAUCAGUUACAUCAGCAGCUGCUGCCGGUUCCGCUGGCCCAAGAUGGACCCACAGCUGGGGGUGAAACCCCCACUUGCCAGCUCCAAAGCAGAGAACCACAUUGCUUUGGAUGCUGUUGACACUGCAGUGGGGAACCUGGCGAAGCCAGCUCUCGGUGGCCCCGAGGAGAACCACAGGGAUUUCAUCACCGAUCCUAACGUGUGGGUCUCAGUGCCCAUUGCUGAGGGGGAAUCUGACCUCGAUGAGCUGGAGGAAGAUAUGGAGCAGGCUUCUCAGAGCUCCUGGCAGGAAGAGAGCCCCAAAGGACUGCAGGAGCAGCUGUCGCAAGUCCAAAAGUGUGAAGACCACCAGACAGCCCAAAGCCCAGCCUCCGGGAUGUCCUCUGAGGACCUGGCUCCGUACCUGGGGGAGAGAUGGAAGAGGAAGGACAGCCCUCAGGUCCCUGCCGAGGGAGUGGAUGACACAAGCUCCUCCGAGGGCAGCACAGUGGACUGCCCAGACCCAGAGGAGAUCCUGAGGAAGAUCCCCGAGCUGGCAGAUGACCUGGACGAACCUGAUGACUGUUUCACAGAAGGCUGCACUCGCCGCUGUCCCUGCUGCAAAGUGAACACCAGUAAGUUUCCUUGGGCCACAGGCUGGCAGUUGCGCAAAACCUGCUACCGCAUUGUGGAGCACAGCUGGUUUGAGAGUUUCAUCAUCUUCAUGAUCCUGCUCAGCAGUGGAGCGCUGGCCUUUGAGGAUAACUACCUGGAAGAAAAACCCCGAGUGCAGUCCAUGCUGGAGUACACUGACAGAGUGUUCACCUUCAUCUUUGUAUUCGAGAUGUUGCUCAAGUGGGUAGCUUAUGGCUUCAAAAAAUAUUUCACCAACGCCUGGUGCUGGCUGGACUUCCUCAUCGUGAAUAUCUCUCUGACCAGCCUCAUAGCAAAGAUCCUUGAGUACUCAGACGUGGCAUCCAUCAAAGCCCUUCGGACUCUCCGUGCCCUCCGACCACUGCGGGCUCUUUCUCGAUUUGAAGGCAUGAGGGUAGUGGUGGAUGCCUUGGUGGGCGCCAUCCCCUCCAUAAUGAAUGUCCUCCUCGUCUGCCUCAUCUUCUGGCUCAUCUUCAGCAUCAUGGGCGUGAACCUCUUCGCCGGGAAGUUUUCGAGAUGCGUCGACACCAGCAACAAUCCAUUUUCCGUUGUGAAUUCGACAAUCGUAACUAACCAGUCCGACUGUCACAAUCAAAACAACACAGGCCACUUCUUCUGGGUUAACGUCAAAGUCAACUUCGACAACGUUGCCAUGGGCUACCUCGCGCUUCUCCAGGUGGCAACCUUCAAAGGCUGGAUGGACAUUAUGUACGCCGCUGUCGAUUCCGGAGAAAUCAACAGUCAGCCUAACUGGGAGGACAACCUGUACAUGUACAUAUACUUCGUUGUCUUCAUCAUUUUCGGUGGCUUCUUCACGCUGAAUCUCUUUGUCGGGGUCAUAAUUGACAACUUCAAUCAACAGAAAAAAAAGAUAAGGGGCCAGGACAUCUUCAUGACGGAGGAGCAGAAGAAGUACUACAAUGCCAUGAAGAAGCUAGGGUCCAAGAAACCCCAGAAGCCCAUCCCACGGCCCCUGAAUAAGUACCAGGGCUUCGUGUUUGACAUCGUGACCAGGCAAGCAUUUGACAUUGUCAUCAUGGUUCUCAUCUGCCUCAACAUGAUCACUAUGAUGGUGGAGACGGACGACCAGAGCGAGGAGAAGACAAAGGUCCUGGGCAGAAUCAACCAGUUCUUCGUGGCCGUCUUCACGGGCGAGUGUGUGAUGAAGAUGUUCGCCCUCCGGCAGUACUACUUCACCAACGGCUGGAAUGUGUUCGACUUCAUUGUGGUGAUUCUGUCCAUUGGGAGUCUGUUGUUUUCUGUAAUCCUUAAGUCACUAGAAAAUUACUUCUCCCCAACGCUCUUCCGCGUCAUCCGUCUGGCCAGGAUCGGCCGCAUCCUCAGGCUGAUCCGAGCCGCUAAGGGGAUCCGCACGCUGCUCUUCGCCCUCAUGAUGUCCCUGCCCGCCCUCUUCAACAUCGGCCUCCUCCUCUUCCUCGUGAUGUUCAUCUACUCCAUCUUCGGCAUGGCCAGCUUUGCUAACGUGGUGGAGGAGGCCGGCAUCGACGACAUGUUCAACUUCAAGACCUUUGGCAACAGCAUGCUAUGCCUUUUCCAGAUCACCACGUCGGCUGGCUGGGACGGCCUCCUCAGCCCCAUCCUCAACACAGGACCCCCCUACUGCGACCCCAACCUGCCCAACAGCAAUGGCUCCCGGGGGAACUGUGGGAGCCCAGCUGUAGGCAUCAUCUUCUUUACCACCUACAUCAUCAUCUCCUUCCUCAUCGUGGUCAACAUGUACAUCGCAGUGAUUCUGGAGAACUUCAAUGUGGCCACGGAGGAGAGCACAGAGCCCUUGAGCGAGGACGACUUCGACAUGUUCUACGAGACCUGGGAGAAGUUCGACCCGGAGGCCACACAGUUCAUUGCCUUUUCUGCCCUCUCAGACUUUGCAGACACGCUCUCUGGCCCUCUUAGAAUCCCAAAACCCAAUCAGAAUAUAUUGAUCCAGAUGGACCUGCCAUUGGUCCCUGGAGAUAAGAUCCACUGUUUGGACAUCCUUUUUGCCUUCACAAAGAAUGUCUUGGGAGAAUCUGGGGAGUUGGAUUCACUGAAGACGAAUAUGGAAGAGAAGUUCAUGGCAACUAAUCUUUCCAAAGCAUCCUAUGAACCAAUAGCAACCACCCUCCGGUGGAAGCAGGAAGACAUCUCAGCCACCGUCAUCCAAAAGGCCUAUCGGAGCUACAUGCUGCAACGCUCCUUGAUGCUCUCCAACCCCCUGAACAUGCCCAGGGCUGAGGAGGAUGGUGCAUCCCUCCCCGGGGAAGGCUGUGUAACAUUCAUGGUGGAUGGCGACAGUGGACUCCCAAACAAAUCGGAAACUGCUUCUGCUACGUCUUUCCCACCAUCCUAUGACAGCGUCACCAGGGGCCUGAGUGACAGAGUCAACAUUAGCACAUCUAGUUCAAUGGAAAAUGAAGAUGGAGUCAUUGCUAAGGAAGGGAACAGCCCUGGACCUCGGUGAAAACACUCCCGGGCGGGUUCCGAUGUCUUUCUGUGCUGUGCUAACUCUUUCCCUCUGGAGAUGGCACUGACCUACAGCCUCACCAAUGCAUGUCACUGGCCAUGGUGUCAGAGCUGAAUGGGGACAUCCUUGAGAAAGCCCCCACCCCAAUAGGAAUCAAAAGCCAAGAAUACUCUUCCACUUUGACGUAUCUUCCGAAUUUCCAGGAGAUGUCAUUGCCCUGUGCUGUUUGUGACCAGAACUCCCAGAGACACAUGUCAAGGACAUUUCUGAUGCUCUCAGGCAAUCUUGGAGAAGUCGCAUAGGGGUGGCACUGCUGAUUAG